AUGGCAUUGGCCCCCUUCAAAGAGAUGAUCCGUGCAAGAUCAGUUGGAAGCUUGAACGGCUUUGACACGCGGCAGUUGCCAUUGCUGUUCGUGAACUUCUACAUUUGGGCCGUGUACGCUGUUCAAGUUGGAGACGUUUGGGUGUUUCUGGCCUCGAGUCCCCCAGCAGUAGUUUGCUUGUUCAACAUCACCAGCGCCAUCCGAUUGCUGUCGCAGCUGGAUGAGGAGGGUGCUGUCAGCCAGCUGAGCAAGCCCCUGGAUGGCGCCUUCUUUCGACGCAGUCCAUCCAGAGCCUGGCACGAGGCUAGCAAGGAGCAGCGCAGCAGAAUGGUGCGAAAGCUGGAGAUGCAGACGGUUGGAGGAUUCCUUGUCAUAUCUUUCCUGAGCUGCUUCUUGGGCAAGUGGGAACUCGCUGGCUUAGAGGUCGUCAGUGAACUCUUUCCUGUGACAGCCAGAGAGGAGGUGUUGGGCAGCUUGGCGUCGAUGGCAGCAUUUGUCGCAUAUUGUCGUCCAGUCAUGCGGCUGUACACUUACUGUUCUCGACGGGAUGCAUCUCCCAUCCUCCUGUCUCUGGUCGUCGUUGUGCUUCUCAGCAACAUCUUGUGGACCAUCUAUGGCAUUGGCACUCUCAACCCGUGGAUCUAUGUUCCACAGGGUUCCGGAGUCUUGGUGUCCAGCAUGCAGAUUCUCGUGCGUCUCAUUUUCCCUGGAAACAAUGGCAAGGAUAAGAGAGAAGAUGGUUUGAAGAAGCAGGCAUCCAAAGACUUGGAGGCAAGCGCCCCAGGCGUGCAUCAUGACGAUACAAUUUUGCGCCUGUCCUCCCGCCAGACCAUCCACGAGGAUUACUUGCUGUGGCAGAAGGAAUACCACAGGUGGCGGUCUGUGGCCUCGGCAUCAUCAACUACCACUUCGAAUGACGCAGUCGCGGAAGAUGUCGGCAUGGCUGAGGAUGGCCAGUUGCUUCCCAACCAACCCUCGCCUACCCCUGAACAGGCUAUGCGUCAGCGGUGUGCUACCUCGAGUUAG